AUGGUCGGGCCCCUCAAAAAGGACCCAGGCGGUCACACCCACCUACUUGUGGUGGUGGACAAGUUCACAAAGUGGAUCGAGGCACAGCCCAUCACGAACAUUCUCUCGCAAGAGGCUGUCAAGUUCUUUCUUGACAUCAUCUACCGGUUCGGCGCCCCUAACUGCAUCAUCAUGAACAACGAAACAAAUUUCACCAGAAAGAAGUUCCUAGAUUUCUAUGAUGGGUACGGCAUUAGGGUCAACUGGGCUUUGAUCGGACACCCACGAAUGAAUGGCCAGAUCGAGCGAGCUAACCGCAUGGUCCCGCAAGGGCUCAAGCCACGCAUUUUUGACCAGCUCAAGAAACAUGCUGGACUGUGGGUCGUAGAGCUGCUGGCAAUCCUCUGGAGCCUGAGAAUGACCCUGAACUGA